UUCCCGGCUCUCUUCUAGAAAGUUUGUGAUCAGGGGGUUAACUUGAACACAACUUGAGUUUGUGUUUAAGGCAUGUGGAAUCCUGUUUCUUUACCAGCGACCGGAGGCAACCCUGGGAGGGAAAUGGGUUAUGGUCACUAUUCGGCAGGGCCAAUGAGUGCGGGCCACACUCACCCCCCCUCCAUGGUUGGCAUGGUGGGCCACCCCUCAGUUAUCAGCACCUCCAGGCCCUUACCCUCCCCUAUGUCCACCUUGGGCUCUCCAAUGAACGGCCUGGCAUCGCCGUAUCCCGUCAUCACAUCGUCUCUGGGAUCACCCUCCGUACCCCUUCAGUCUACUCCCAACAUGAACUUUGGACCAAUCAGCAGUCCACAGAUGAACUCGAUGAACAGUGUUAGCAGUUCGGAGGACAUCAAGCCUCCGCCGGGCCUGCAGCCUUUGGGAAACAUCAACUAUCAGUGUACGAGCCCCGGGGGGAUGUCAAAGCACAUCUGUGCUAUUUGUGGGGAUCGAUCUUCAGGAAAGCACUACGGUGUGUACAGCUGUGAGGGCUGUAAAGGCUUCUUUAAACGCACUGUACGUAAAGAUCUCACUUACACGUGUCGAGACAACAAAGAGUGCCUGAUAGACAAGCGUCAGCGGAACCGCUGCCAGUACUGCCGCUAUCAGAAGUGCCUGGCCAUGGGCAUGAAGAGAGAAGGUGUGGGUGUGUUUGCAGCCGUGCAGGAAGAGAGGCAGCGUGGGAAGGAGCGUGGCGAGAACGAGGUGGAGUCUACCAGCACUUUUAACGAAGACAUGCCCGUGGAAAAGAUCCUGGAUGCUGAGCUGGCCGUGGAGCCCAAAACAGAGACAUACAGCGACGGCAGCCCAGGGAACUCGACCAACGACCCCGUCACCAAUAUCUGCCAGGCGGCCGACAAGCAGCUCUUCACCUUGGUGGAGUGGGCCAAAAGGAUCCCGCAUUUCUCCGAACUCCCCCUGGACGACCAGGUCAUCCUGCUCCGAGCAGGCUGGAAUGAGCUGCUCAUUGCUUCUUUCUCCCAUCGCUCGGUCACAGUUAAAGACGGCAUCCUGUUGGCGACAGGUCUACACGUCCACAGAAGUAGCGCCCACAGUGCAGGAGUGGGAUCCAUCUUUGAUAGAGUUCUCACAGAGUUGGUAUCCAAAAUGAAAGAUAUGCAGAUGGAUAAGACGGAGCUGGGCUGUCUGCGAGCUAUCGUUCUAUUCAACCCAGAUGCAAAAGGUUUGUCAAACCCAUCAGAGGUGGAGGCGCUAAGAGAAAAAGUCUACGCUUCGUUGGAGUCGUAUACAAAACAAAAGUACCCUGACCAGCCUGGCAGGUUUGCCAAACUGCUGCUGCGCCUGCCAGCUCUGCGCUCCAUUGGUCUCAAGUGUUUGGAGCAUCUAUUCUUCUUUAAGUUAAUCGGAGACACGCCCAUCGACACCUUCCUGAUGGAGAUGCUGGAGGCACCACAUCAGAUCACAUGACACCAGAACCCCCCUUCCCUUCCCCUGUAAAUAUUCCCUCCUUGUGACCGAUGUGAAGAUGGAA